GCUCAGCAUCACUGCAUCAAUUUCACCUUCCUUUCCUCUUUGAUAAAAGCACAGACCUAAGGGUUAGCACCCUGGGUGGAAACCUUAUCAGCAUUUGCUUGGGAUGAAUAAGCUGGAAAUAAAAUCAGCCUGGACACUAGCUUUUCAAAAUUGCAAGGAAACAGCCAUCAUGAGUGAGAACACCAAGAAUUCCCUGGAGAAAAUUCUUCCACAGCUAAAAUGCCAUUUCACCUGGAACUUAUUUAAGGGAGAAAGCGUCCCAAGUGAUCUAGAAGACAGAGUGUGUAACCAGAUUAAAUGUUUAAACACUGAGUUCAAAGCUACAAUGUACAACUUGCUGGCCUACAUAAAACACCUAGAUGGUCAAAAUGAAGCCGCCCUGGAAUGCUUACAGCAAGCUGAAGACUUCAUCCAGCGAGAGCACGCUGGCCAGACAGAAAUCAGAAGCCUGGUCACCUGGGGAAACUACGCCUGGGUCUACUAUCACAUGGGCCGCUUUUCAGAAGCUCAGAUUUAUGUGGAUAAGGUGAAACAGUCCUGCAAGAAGUUUUCAAAUCCUUAUAGCCUUGAGAGUCCUGAGCUUGACUGUGAGGAAGGAUGGACACGGCUAAAAUGUGGAAGAAACGAAAGGGCAAAGAUGUGUUUUGAGAAGGCACUAGAAGAAAAACCGGGCAAUCCAGAAUUUGCCUCCGGACUGGCCAUCGCCAUGUACUGUCUGGAUAAUAACCCACAGAAACAGUGGUCUGUCGAUGCUUUCAAGGAGGCUGUUGACCUGAAUCCUGAUAACCAGUAUGUCAAAGUUCUCUUGGCCCUCAAACUGCAGACGAUGAAUAAAGAAGCUGAAGGGGAGCAAUUGGUUGAAGAGGCUCUAGAGAAGGCUCCUUGCCAAACAGACGUCCUUCGCAGUGCAGCCAAAUUUUACAGAAAAAAAGGCGACCUAGACAAAGCUAUUGAAUUAUUUCUAAAGGCACUGGAAUCCAUACCAAACAAUGCCUACCUCUGUCAUCAGAUUGGAUGCUGCUACAAGGCAAAAGCCAGACAAAUACAGAAUGCAGGAGAAUCCGAAGCUCGUGCAAACAGAGAGAAGAUUGAAGAGCUACAGCAGUGUGCCUUGGACUAUUUGAAUAAAGCCCGUGAGAGGGGCCUAAAUCCUCUGAACCCAGACUCAAAUCUCCCUGAGCUCCUGGAAGCAGAAGAAUGUUACCAGAUAUCCUUCAGUAAGGAGCUUCCUCACGCUGAGAGGCAACAGCUCCUCCAGGGCCACUGCCACAGUCUGGAGCGUGGCAGGGAGUCUGCAGACACCACCACCGUGCAGCAACAUUUACAGGGUUUGUCCAUAAGUAAAACAUCAACCGAGAAGGGAGAGAUGAAACAGCAGGCACAGAACACAGCUGAAAAUCCACUUCCACAAAAUGUACCGAAUUCUUGGUAUCGUCAAGGAUUAAUUCACAAGCAGAAUGGAGAUCUGCAGCAAGCAACCAAAUGUUAUGAGAAGGAGCUGGGCCGCCUGCUCAGGGACGUCCCUUCAGGCAUAGGCAGCUUGCUCCUGUCUGCCUCUGAGCUUGAAGAGGGCAGUGAGGAGACCAGCCAGGGUGCAGGCAAGUCCAAUCCCUGAGGACUCCCCAACUCUUGAACUGAGUCAGGAGGCCACGAGGGAUAGAGGGUAGGAGGACAGGGGACCCCGACCUGGGAGUCCUGAGGGGGCUUGUCUUGCAUGUUGCUCGGAGGUAAAUUUUUAGAGAAUUGUUUUUUCAUGUUCUUUCUCCCCUGUUCCUUCCAGCCACAUAGUUAUCUAAUCAGCUGGUAUUACGACUGAUCACUAGUAGCAAUAAUGCUUCAGGCCUAUGUGCUGCUGAUUACCUCAGUCUGCACUCGGUUCACCACAUAACCCCCAUUUGUGCCCUCCUUACCAAGGCCGUUAGUGCUGACCUCCCACCCAGAAAAUCUUCAACCUUCCUUUUCCCCAUCUCAAUGCCGUCCAGUCUGCUGGGCCUGGAAGAUUCACUUUUGACUAACUUGAAAUAUCCCUUACGUCUUUCUAUAUACGUGUGUUCUUGAGAGUGAAACUUUGAUGUGUUCUUGAUAGCACUGCUACAAUAAAUCUAAACAUUUCAAC